GCUCCCUCCUUCACUUGACGGCUCUGGGCAGGGGUUCAUCUGGUUCAAUGUUACGUACAGCCAGCCAGGCAAUCAAUCCCGCCGUCCGUCCCUACCAAGGUCUCCCAAAUAAGUUGAAUAAAGUCGGCCGUCGUCCUUCCUUUCACCUUGCAUUGAAUGUGCCCUUCCCUCCUCUUUUACUUCCCAUCUCGCACAUCUUUUAGUGUUGGACAUCUUCUUCCUUCCACCUCUAGAUUAUAAUUUUCUUUCCAGACUCUCGCUCAGACAAAGUAAUUCAACCCAACUUUCGCUAAUCAUUCCUUCUUGGACCACCUCUUUUUCUUUUCUUUCCGACGCCAGUCCGAGCACCCAAGAACCAAGAAAAACAAAAACCACCCGGUCAUUCUUGAUUUAAAUUUGCUUUGCUCUCCCGGAUUCUUCCCAUCAGAGCAUUUUUGGAUCAGCUUGUUGUUUUUUUGAAAGUCCUCGAGAGAGAAGAACUUUAUAUUCUAUCGCAUACAAGCGAACAACAACAGUCAUGUACACAAAGACCAUCUCUGCCGGCCUCAUGGCCCUCCUGGCCUCUGUUGCCACGGCUCAGACUCACACUGCCUGCAGCCCCAUCCUGAGGGAUGACUGCCCCAACCCCAAGGCUCUGGGCAAGACUGUCGAGAUCGACUUCACUAAGGGAGACGAUAAGACCGGCUUCUUCAAGAAGCUCGCCGGCACCGAGUACAACGUCACCCCCAAGGGUGCCGAGUUCACCAUUGCCAAGCCUGGUCAGGCUCCUACCCUCGUCUCCAACUCAUACAUCUUCGGAGGCAAGGUCGAGGUUAAGUUCCGCGCCGCCCCUGGCGCUGGUAUUGUCAGCUCCAUUGUGCUGCAGUCCGAUGACCUUGACGAGAUCGACUGGGAGCACGUCGGAAACGACCAGAUGCGUGUCCAGAGCAACUACUUCUCCAAGGGUAAUGACACCGUCUAUGGCCGUGGCCAGUUCCACGACCUGCCUGCCAACGGCAUGGACACCUCCCUGACCUACACUCUUGACUGGACCAAGGACCAGCUCCAGUGGAUUGUCAACGGCAAGGUCGUCCGCACCCUGAAGCGCGCCGAAACCACCCCCGGUGCCAACGGCUACCCCCAGACCCCCUGCCAGAUCCGCAUCGGCACCUGGGUUGGUGGCGCCGAGGGCGGCAACAAGGGCACCAUUGACUGGGCUGGCGGUCUGGCCGACUUCUCCAAGGCUCCCUUCACCGCCAUCUACGAGUCGAUCAAGGUCACCGACUACUCGACCGGCGCCACUGAGUACCAGUACACCGACCGCUCGGGCAACUGGGAGAGCAUCAAGGUUAUCAAGGGCGACGGCAAGGACAACAGCAGCAAGGAUGGUGACAACAACACCACCACCUCGCCCUCCAGCACCAAGGCCAGCAACGGUACUGCCACUGGCCCCUCGACCAUGGCCACCUCUGCCACCCGCCCUUCUAACACCAGCGCCACCGGUGGCAGCUCGACCAACGGCUCGACCAGCACCCCUGCCUCGAAGACGAGCGCUACCCCCGCCGCUACUGGUGCUGCUAUUGCCAACCUGCCCAACCUUGUCCUGGCCGGUGCCGCCGGUCUGGGUUACUUCAUGCUGUAAACCCAGCAAAUCAAUCAAUCAACAAAAAGCAGAAAAAAAAUAGCAGUAUAAACAUGUGAUUUUUUGGGGGGGGGGACCGGCUUGGAUUGUAUGACCUUUUAUUUCGUCUGUUGAUACUUUUUUGUACUGCAAGUCUUUUAUACCAAUUUGUUUUUUUCUCUGCUCCAUUGCUCGGGACCCAACGGUAAUCAUGAUUUCAUCGACCUGUCUUGAAGGGUAUUGUUUUACAUGACGGGCAAACAUUGAGUAUUGGAUCAGUCAGCAAAAGGGGAUUGCUUUCACUUCCAUGACUAUAGAUUCUACAGUGUUCCUUCUUGUCUAUACUUCUUUCAACUACUGCAUAGAAUCAAAGAGUAUACCUGAAAGACUUCAUUCCGCUUGUUCCAGUGACGAUCAAUACAUACGUAUUUUAGCCCCUUGCAAAUCCAUGGUCAUUGGGUUGUGAUUUCUGCGACA